AAGCGAUAAUUCCCAGCACACCAGCUCACGGAGAAAAUAAAAGUGCCUUUGCAGGCUGCCGGGGCACACGGAGGGGAUGCUGGGCUGGCAUCGGUUCUGCCGUGCUUCAUGCCGAGUCCUCUCCCAGGGAAGACAAAUCCCCUCCGUUAAUCAAAGCACGGGUCCUGGGGGAAAAUUAAGGACUUUAAAUCAUUUGUCCCUUCUGAUGGGACCAGGCUUCAGCAUCACCGCCCUCCGGUGCUGGUCACCCAACGGCACCGGCAGGCGUGAGGUUGGGUGCUAGGGCAUGGCCAGCUGCUCCCUAAAAUAUCCAUGAGGAGCAAAUCCCCAGCUCCGCUUGCUCCAUCCAUCCAUCCAUCCAUCCAUCCAUCCAUCCCAGCAGAGCCCAGCACCCUGCUGAGCACCCCAGCCCAGGUGGGGCAGGAUGAGCCUAUAUUAGGAGCUCUGCCAGUAGCAGCUGCCCAUGGCAGGGCUCAGGGGCAAACAAAUCCUGCCCGUGCCUCAAUCCAUCUCCUCCUUCCAGAAGAUGCAGCCAGGCGACAGCAGCUCUCGCCCGUUCAAGCAGAGGAAAAGCCUCGCUACCAGGAUGCACGAAGUGACAGAGAUACGAAUAAAAUAUCCCAACAAGAUCCCGGUGGUUGUGGAACGCUACCAGAAGGAGAAGACCUUGCCCCCCUUGAACAGGACCAAGUUUCUGGUGUCCCAGGAUCUGCCCCUGUCCCAGUUUGCUGUCACCCUGCGGACGCGGCUCUGCCUGACCUCCUCCCAGACCUUCUACCUGCUGGUGAACAACAAAGGGUUGCCGAACAUGGCCAUCACCAUGCAGGAGCUGUACCGGGACAACAAGGAUGAGGAUGGCUUUCUCUACCUGACCUACGCCUCCCAGGAGAUGUUCGGCCAGCGCUUCCUCCGGCAAGCCGGCGGCUGCUUGACCGCAAACCGCCUGCCGCCACCGUGUCCUCGUGGCUGCUCGUCUCGGGACUCCCAACGCUGGUGAGAUGGGGGAACGUAUCUCUCCAAACUUGGCUUAAAAUCGGUGGGGAGCCCUGAAUUGUGGCUGGACCAAGCCUUGCCUUCUCUCUGGCUGCAGUUUGACAGGCUCAGCCUUGUAAUGGUCUUAAAAACUCCACUCGACACCUCCUUAAUCUUGUGGCUUUAAAUACAAAUUAUUCUCCUGCCACAGCAGAAGAUGGUGCUGGUUUACUCUGAUCCACAGGAAGGUUAUUCUUCUAACUGGCUCUUCUGAAGGGCUUUACAACCUGUCAUCCCUGUUCAGAAAACUUAGGCUCCUUCUAAACGCCUCUCCUAAUAGGAUCGGGUAUGGGGAGUUUCACGGUUUGUGCAGGUUUUUGUUAAGCUGCGUGUCCAUUCUAGCUGCCGCUCGAGCGUCUGUGCUCUUGAGGUGUGGAAUAAAGAAAAUUGGACUGGUGCUUCUGGUCAUCUAAACUGCAGCUCGUCCCUUGGCUGUGAAGCCAGCCUUAAACUCUGGGCUUUGUCCCUGGCUUUGCUGGGCUGCCAGUAGCUGAGCUGGGGGAGCGAGAGCAAAGGGGGGAAAGGACUUUGCUCCCCCAUUGCAAAAGCAGCCUGGGAGAGACCCUCCUGCAGAAAAGCAGCUCCCCAUCCCACUCCCCUCUGCAGAAUAGGGGGGGGCUGACCUCCUCCUCCUCAAACCAGCACCCUAAGGAUGGGGCACGUAGCUAAAACCCGCAGCGGGGAUUAGCUGAGCUCAAAUUGUGGUGCUGUGCUGUGAGUCAGACAUAAAUGCUUCCUGCCACUGAUACUGCAAAACACCUCUUAAAUAUUUAAGGCUUCCCUUGCCAUAAAAUGCAUUGUCACACUGAGUGAAUAUUUCAUGCACGUUUCAUGUUAAAAUGUUAAUAAAUAAGCUCUAAAAUUAGCUGCCACGACAGCAGGAGCUGGGUCCCUGAUGCGCUGCAGGGGGGGGAAGUUGAGAGGAGUCCCUCUCCUGUACUGGGAUGAAACUGGGGAGUGGGGGUCUAUACUGUGCCCCCUGCCCUGACUGGCUGCACCCCCAAACUGUGCAGCAGCAGGUUUCUUCCCGAGGCUUCAGGCUGGCUCAAGGCUGAGCUGGGGUGC